AUGGAAUUGCUACUUUUGUAUGUUGUGAUUUUGCUUUUGGAUAUGUUUGAUUUUUCAUCAGGAAUAAUAUAUAAUAAAGGUGAUCUGGAGACACACUUUGCUUGUUCCAGCCAAGGGUCCCUCCAAAAGAAUGAAAUAAUCAAGUUGUACCUUUCCUCAGAUAACUUGAAAAUCCAGUGUUUUUUCCAAACUGAAAGUGAGAUUUCUUCAAAAGAAAUUCUCAGCGUGUUCACAUCAGGAGGACUUGCUCCCAGUUUAGAAAUCAUAAAUAGUACAUAUACUGGUAUCUUCCACUUUAAUUUAACUUUGUUCAGUGAUGGGGUUUACUGGUUGAUUGAUAUACCAAGAGAAAACAUCACAAAAAGCACAGAUAUUGCAGCUGUAGAAGAAUGGUUAGUAAGGGUCACCUUACAUCAUGGAUUAAAUAUUUAUACUACUGAAGGAACCCUAUUGGAUAGUGUUCGAGAACCUAUUCUUCAAUGGAAUCUUGAGAUUAUAAUGGGAAAACAGGAACUUAGUGAAUUAUAUCUACAUGUGGUAGAUCUCAAGGUGACAAAAUGCCCUUGUGCCAAUGAUGUAGCAUUGCUUGCUUUCAUUUUGAAUACAACACUUGAUGGUGUUUAUCUAGGUCUAAGUUUUUAUGGAUUUUGGAAAUAUGAUGAUACCAUAUGGUAUAACAUGACAGAUAACAUCUAUUCCCAACUCGAAGAAGAACAAAUAGGACUUUCAGUGGUGGAUCUGGUUUUAACAAAUCAUUUUUUAGUUAUCCUCACCUCUUUGGGUCUUUUUGUAAGUGGAGAUCUUCGUUAUCCAUCAGCCUCAGUAUUAAGGUUUUCAAGGGCAGAAUUUUGUGGUUUUGAAAGGGUUGACUAUAUCAAAGGAAAAUUGUGGUAUAAUGAAAAAUGUUUCGCUAACAGAGAACGCUUUGAAGUUGACUAUGUUACUAUCACAUUUGACAGAAACAAGACCCUGAGUGAGGCAAGCACUUGUUUUUAUAGCAGUGAACCAUUCCUUGAAUGGUUACCUUGCAUACCUCGCAUUGUUAAACUGAAAAGUGUUCCUCUGAGUGUGGUAACGUUUCUUGUUGACCAAGAGCACGGUGUUGGAGUUUGCCUUCUCCGUAACCAGGUAGGCAUUAAAAAUACCUGGGCCUCUGUGGACAUCCUAAAAAGUAACCAACAAAAUUUACAGCACAAAUAUCCAGCUUUUACAUUUCCUUUAUCAUUCUCUGUUCCUGUUGGAAUGGUAUUCCAUCCACGAAGUCAUUUUCUAUAUGCUUAUGGCAAUCAGGUUUGGCUUUCAGUGGAUGGCGGCAACACUUUUGAAUUAAUAGCUGACUUUCAUGAUGAUGUCAUAAGGAAGACUUACCAUAGUUUUUAUACUUCAGAUAUUGCUUUCGUUUCCCAAAGUGGAAAGGUUUACUUGACAAAGGCAGGAUUAAUGAGAUACAGAGAAAUUGGAUCUGUUACAGAUAAAAUUUUCACCUUAUACUAUGAUCAUUUGGGAUUCUUACAUAAAUUGGCUCCAGAUUAUUUUGAAGCUGAUGGGUCUUAUGCAUCCCUUGGAAGUUCUAAAGGUAUUUUUGGAAAGCCUCCUGACAUGGGCUUUGAGACUGCACUUGCUCCGCAGUAUAUCUCCUUAAAUGAAGUGAUCUUUUAUGCAUAUGUACCUGUGACUGAACCUCAGGAAAGUAUAUACACCAAGAAAUUCAACAAUAUUCACUUUGGGAAAAUGUUAUACUCCAGGAAAACUGGAACAGCUUACAUAAGAAAGACAAUGCAACAUGAAACUCCUGAAGGAUUUUUGUCCUCAGUUAUUGCCGAAAUUAUAGACCCUUUUGGAUUAGAACAACUGAAUGAGAGCUCUUGUUUGUCUAGUUCCCUUUCCAUUAAUAAAGAGACAAGUUUCUUCUAUAAACUUACUCUUCAAGAUCCAGAUGUUAAUUCCUCAUUUCAAGAUUCGGAUAUAGAGAAGACUGUGGUGAUUCCUGGUUACAGCAGCUUCCUGAUCUUAAAUAUUGUAGAUGAAUGGAAUGCUUUAGCCAUUGCUACCAUGCCUAACAGAGUGCCAUUCAAUGUAACUUUUCAAAAAGGUUCCUGGUUCUUAUACAACUUUGGGCAGAGAAAUGGACGAACAUGGAAUAUAUAUUCAACACACUGUAAUUAUUGGUUUCAACAACACGAUGAUUCACUAUCCCUCAGUGUACUGAAAUACAUUGAUCUGGGGAAAAAUCAUAUUUUUAAAGUUAAGGUCAUACCUAAUGUGAAAGGUGUUCGAACACUUGAAGUACCAUUACUGAAAGUAUUAGUUGGAAAUCCAACUUUGUUGGAAAUUAAAGCUGAAGGCUUUUUUGAUAAUACUGAUAGUUAUCUAAUGGAAAUUUCUGUAGCUAGCAAAGAUUUACGUCAGGGUUCAACUUCACUGGCAUUUAUUGUAUGGGAAGCAUCAACUGAGUGCUUUGUUACAACAAUUGUGCCAACAUUGAAAAGCAGCUGUAGUUAUCUCAGAUCUAUGCAUCACAUUCCUAAUAAAUUUAUCCCAUUGGAAGACUGGAUUAAAGGAGUUCACAGAGACAGUCAGGGUUUUAAUCUGAUCAAAACUUUACCGGUAAACUACAGACCUCCAUCGAAUAUGGGAAUUGCUAUUCCACUGACAGAUAAUUUUUAUCAUGCAGAUCCUAGCAAACCUAUCCCAAGAAACCUAUUUCACAAGUCAAAGAAAACUGGUAAAUUCAAACAGUGUGCUAAUGUGUCUACUCGGGAGAAAUGUAAUUGCACAAAUGAUCAGAAGUUUUCCUAUGCUGUUGCUUUCUCAGAUUGCAGAGAAAAGGUUCCUCGUUUUAAGUUUCCAGUUACACAAUAUCCAAUUUCUUUGGAAAUUUACAACAAGGCUGGGAAUAUCCCAGUGGAAACUCCGUAUCUGGUUACUGUGACUGAAGUGAAUAUGAGGGGCAACUGGAAACUGAAACACAGUACACCAGGAAAUGUAAAAAAAUUGAAAGCUUACUUAGAACCGAUUCUUCGUGCUCCAGUGUAUAAUCCUGUAGGUCUCAACUUAAGCAUAAUGGGCUCUGAGCUAUUUCACUUUAGAGUGUCUGUUGUUCCAGGGGUCACCUUUUGUGACUUAGUUGAAGAAUUCCAGAUUUAUGUUGAUGAAGCACCAAUGUCAUUUCCAGGACAUACACUUGUUGCCAUCGCUGCAGCUGUAGUGUUAGGGGGAUUAAUUUUUACAGUGUUUAUGUUUCAGCUGCAUGACAUCCACCCAUGGAAGCUGUGCCGAAAACUGAUCAGAGGAAACAAAGUGAACUCACCAAGUAUCACUGUCUUUCCACAGGCUCAGAGAUGAAAAUCUGAAUGGUGAACAAACAAAUGA